AUGGCUGAAUACCCUACAUGGCUUCCGGCUGACAGGGUCUACCACUCCGGCGCCUUCUCCGACAUGACCAUCAUCUGCGCAGAUGAAAAAUUCCAAGUCCACAAGGUCGUCGUCUGCUCGCAGUCGUCCUUCUUCAACACGGUAUGCAGCAAGCCGUGGGGCAAGUCCACACAACCCGCCGUCGAUCUAAGCGAUGAUGACGUCGAAACCGUCAAGAGAAUGAUCGACUUCUUCUAUCGGGGCGAUUAUCAGGAUUUCGAAAGCGACAAAUUCACCCAACACGCCCAAGUCUUCGCCAUCGCGACAAAGUACGAUAUCGACAAACUCGCUCAAAAGGCGGCUCAUAAGUUCUGGAACGCAAACAUCAAGUGCUGGGACGCCGAGGCCUUCUUGAAGUCCGUACCCAUCGUCUAUCUUGGAACUCCCGAACAGGUGCUCGGACUUCGGGAUGUGGCCACUCGUUGCAUUCGUGUCCAUUUCACUCAGCUUGGUGGAGAUGCCGACAUCCAGGCUCUGUGGCGCGAGACCUGUACCUCUAACCCGACAUUUGCCUUUCACCUGCUCCAAUCGUUCCACAGCAGUCCCUUCAUGGCACACUGUCACAAAUGUGGAUAUGGCCAGGCCAUGGAAGUUAAUCAGUUUCAGUGUCUAAAAUGUCGGGGUUGGAAAACCUCCAAGAAGGAAGUCAAAUAG